CUAUCUUAAAUCGUACCCAUCACGGCCGUCGCCAGACACCAAUAUCGUUGUCAAUAAAUUGUUUCCAGUUUUCCAGUCCAUUAUAUUAUCUUAAUUGCGUUACUUCUCGUUUCUUCCAGUGCGUGCGGUAUAUCUUAACGUGUUAAUAGUACAAAGCACCAUUGCUAUAUUAUUAUUAUUUGUAUCUCAAUAAGAUUUGCAGGGGUAAGUUUGGAAAUAGCCGGACGUACGUUAUGAUACCGACCAUGGUCGGACGCUUAGACACGGCGGAAAGAAGACACAAACACGCGUCGAAAAGGCAUGAACAAGAAGACAAUUUUGAACGUCGAAAGCCACACAAUUAUCGUGACAACAACAAAUCCCCCGAACGACAGCACCGAAGACAUAAUUCAAAUUCCGACGAUGAUGAUCGUAGAAAAAGACCAAGACAUGAUCGCAGGGAUAACUCAAGACAACAAGGCAGGUCAGAUUCUGAUCACGUAUGGGGCACUAAAGGCUCGUCGUCUAGUGAAAGGAAACCAGUAGCGAAAAAAGAAGAACCAAAUUUUGAAACUACUGGCAAGUUAGCCGAGGAUACAAAUACUUUUAAUGGCGUAGUUAUAAAGUACAGUGAGCCAGCUGAGGCGAGAAAACCGAAACGACGCUGGCGAUUAUACCCAUUCAAAGGAGAGAAACAAUUACCUGUAUUACACAUACACAGACAAAGUGGGUAUUUACUCGGACGUGAUCGUAAAGUGGCGGACAUACCAAUAGAUCAUCCGUCGUGCUCAAAACAGCACGCAGCUCUUCAAUACAGGCUAGUUUCGGCCAAAAAAGAUGGGCGCCGUGUCAGAUGUAUUCGGCCGUAUAUUAUUGAUUUAGAGUCAGCUAAUGGCACUUAUGUUAAUAACCAGCGUAUAGACUCAAAAAAAUAUGUGGAAUUGAUGGAGAAAGACGUCGUUAAGUUCGGGUUCAGUUCCAGGGAAUAUGUGCUUUUACAUGAACAUAGCACGGAUUCUGGAGAUGACGAUAGUCUUGCCGAAGACGAUCCAAACGAGGAACCCAAUGCAGAUUAAAUGUAAAACUUGUCUUAAGGAAUUAAGAAGUUUUCUUAUUUUUUUAAACUGUAAAUAAAAAUAUUUUGAUACAAAAAAAUCAAACUAAGAUCAACAUUUAAUUUCUUGCGAUUUAAAUAAUUACCAUUGCACAAUGUAAUUUCAUGAAAUUUAAUUUUGUUUGUGUAUAUAAUACAAUGCACGGGGCCUGGUGUGACUCGGAGGUUGGCCUCAUUCACUAACGUAUUCUGAGGUCAAGCAUCGGCCGACGCGUCGUUAGUUGCCGGAUGGCUGUCCACCAAGAUUUUUAUUGACGAAUCCUCGCUUCACAUACACGUGUUUCUCAACCAACUGUAACCCUCUACAAAAUGCUAAUGGCCAUAGUUACCAAUGCUUCUUAAGAUCAAUAAAAAAAAAAAGAAUAUUUUUGUAAACAAUUUAAUGACCUAAAAAUAAAAUAAGUUUUAUUUCAUAUUAAAUGAA